AUGUGUGUAAAGAUUUCCUCUUGCAGUCAAACGAUAUCAUUCGCAUCGAACUCCUCGAGAUCAGCAAACGAGCCAAAAGUCAACAUAAAGUUCCUGAUUGUCUUCGUCGCUCUCUUCGCCGUGGCUUUGGCCGGAGUCGUUCCUAAGGCCUACAUCGAGAAGUCGUUUUCCGACGUUGGACCCGAGAACUUCGCCUUCGACUGGAAAACUAGCGAUGGACAGCAGGCUGAGGCCCAGGGAGUGUUGGGAAAUGUUGGAUCCGAUCACGAGGCCCUCGCCGUCAAGGGAUCCUACUCCUAUGUGGGCGAUGAUGGUGUCACCUACGAAGUCACCUACAUCGCCGAUGAGAACGGAUUCCAGCCCCAGGGAGCCCAUCUGCCCGUUGCCCCCGAGGCGUAAGCCA